AUGGGCUUCGCCCAGGAGCGCUUCGCCGAAGCCGUGGACUCGGAUUUAGAGUGCAAGCUGUGCGGUCAGGUGCUGGAGGAGCCCCUGUGCACUCCGUGCGGGCACGUCUUCUGCGCCGGCUGCCUGCUGCCCUGGGCGUCGCGGCGGCGCCGGUGCCCGCUGCAGUGCCAGCCCCUGGCGCCCGACGAGCUGCACCGGGUGCUGCCGCUGCGCAGCCUCAUCCAGAAGCUGCGCAUCCGGUGUGACUACCGCGUCCGCGGCUGCGGCCGCACGGUUCGCCUGCACGAGCUGGCUGCGCACGUCGAGCGUUGCGACUACGGCCCCGGCCACCGCCGCCGCCGCCCGGGAUGUGCAGCGGUGCCAGGGGGCGGCGGCGGGGAUGUGCCCGCACGGGGGGAAGGCGGGCCGGCGCCCGAGGCUGGCCGGGGCGGGGGCGCGCGCGGGGGCCAGCCGGGCGGCCGCAGCGGGAGCGGGCGGGGGCGCGACCCGCGGGCCCUGGUCUGGAAGCGGCGCGAGAAGGCGCUGCUGGCGCAGCUCUGGGCGCUGCAGGGCGAGGUGCAGCUCACGGCCCGCAGGUACCAGGAGAAGUUCAUCCAGUACAUGGCUCACGUCGGCAACUUCCCAAGGGACCUGGGCGGCGGCGGUGGCCGGGGUGGGAAACAUAAGCCAUUCACCAUUGUGUUAGAAAGAGAAAAUGACACCUUGGGCUUCAAUAUUAUAGGAGGUCGACCAAAACAGAAUAAUCAGAAAGAAACAUCAGCUGAAGGAAUUUAUGUUUCAAAAAUUUUGGAAAACGGACCUGCUGACAGAACAGAUGGCCUGGAGAUUCAUGACAGAAUUAUUGAGGUCAAUGGGAAGGAUCUUUCAAAGGCCACCCAUGAAGAGGCAGUGGAAGCUUUUCGAAAUGCCAAGGAGCCCAUUGUGGUUCAGGUGUUAAGGCGAUCGCCGCUCAGUAAACCAGUCUAUGGAACGGCCCCAGAAGUGCAGCUCGUGAAUGCCAGCACUCAGACGGACAUCACCUUUGAACACAUCAUGGCCCUGGCCAAGCUCAGGCCUCCCACCCCUCCAGUGCCAGAUGUCUGCCCAUUCCUGCUCUCAGACAGUUGCCAUUCUCUUCAUCCAAUGGAGCGUGAAUUUUAUGAGGACAAUGAGUAUCUUUCCAGCUUGCCUGCUGAUGCAGACAGAACAGAGGACUUUGAAUAUGAGGAGGUCGAGUUGUGUCGUGUUAGCAGCCAGGAAAAGCUAGGCCUGACAGUCUGUUACCGAACGGAUGAUGAAGAAGACACCGGCAUUUAUAUCAGCGAGGUAGAUCCAAAUAGCAUUGCUGCCAAAGAUGGCCGGAUUCGAGAAGGGGACCGUAUUUUGCAAAUAAAUGGUGAAGAUGUCCAAAAUCGAGAAGAAGCAGUGGCAUUGCUCUCUAGCGAUGAGUGCAAGAGAAUCGUGCUGCUGGUUGCAAGGCCGGAGAUUCAGCUGGAUGAAAGCUGGCUGGAAGAUGAAAGGAAUGAAUUCUUAGAAGAGUUAAACUUGGAGAUGUUGGAAGAACAGCAUAACGAAGCACUGCGGCACACUGCCGAUGAGGUGGAGCAGCCAAAAAAGCAAGAAGAAGAAGAAGGUACAACAGAUACAGCAACAUCCUCAUCCAACAAUCAUGAGAAAGACAGUGGAAUGGGGCGCACAGAUGAGAGCUUACGCAAUGAUGAGAGCUCAGAGCAGGAGAAUGGGGCCGAGGACCCCAACAGCAUUUCUUUGAAGAGCAAGAGAGGCCUGGGGCAGAGCCAACACACUCUAGGAAGCAUUGAACUUCAGUGCAAUGAGAGCUUCAUGUCUGGUGAGUACAUCGACUCAGAUGGCAUUGGAAACCAAGAUGAAGAAUGUGAAGGAUUCCGGCAACUCCUGGAGCUCAAAUGUAAGAUUCGAAACCAUGGAGAGUAUGACCUGUAUUACUCGAGCAGCACAAUUGAAUGCAAUCAAGGCGAGCAAGAGGGAGUGGAGCAUGAGCUACAGUUGCUUAAUGAAGAGCUAAGAAACAUUGAACUGGAGUGCCAGAAUAUCAUGCAGGCUCACAGGCUUCAGAAAGUGACAGAUCAAUAUGGAGACAUCUGGGCAUUGCAUGAUGGAGGAUUCCGAAAUUAUAAUACCAGCAUGGAUAUGCAAAGGGGAAAACUAGAUGACAUCAUUGAACACCCAGAAAAGUCUGACAAAGACAGUUCCAGUGCUUACAACACAGCUGAAAGCUGCAGAAGUACUCCACUAACUGUGGACCGUUCCCCUGACAGUUCCCUUCCCAGAAUGAUCCACCUCACCAAUAAGAAAAAUCUGAGAAGCACAAUUGCAGCCAAUCAACCGUCUUCUGGACAGAGCAGUAAAGAGUCGACUUCUACCAAAGCCAAAACCAUUGAACAAGGCUGUAGCAUCGAGGGCCAGGAGAAGGCUUUGGAAAGCAGCAAGCUUCCUGAACACGAGAAGACGGUCACCGAACACAUCCCUUACCUCUCUCCUUACCACAGUUCCUCAUACAGAUACACAAACAUCCCCGCACACGCCCGGCACUAUCAAAGCUACAUGCAAUUAAUUCAACAGAAAUCUGCAGUGGAGUAUGCUCAGAGUCAGCUCAGUUUGGUGAGCAUGUGCAAGGAAUCUCAGAAGUGUUCAGAGCCCAAGAUGGAAUGGAAGGUGAAAAUUAGGAGCGACGGGACACGGUACAUAACAAAGAGACCGGUGCGAGACCGAAUUCUGAAGGAACGUGCCUUAAAGAUCAAGGAGGAGCGGAGUGGCAUGACUACGGAUGAUGACACCAUGAGCGAGAUGAAAAUGGGGCGCUACUGGAGCAAAGAGGAGAGAAAGCAACACCUGGUCCGGGCCAAAGAGCAGCGUCGGCGCCGAGAAUUCAUGAUGCGGAGCCGCUUAGAGUGUCUCAAGGAGAGUCCUCAGAGUGGCAGCGAGGGCAAGAAGGAGAUCAACAUCAUUGAACUGAGUCACAAAAAGAUGAUGAAAAAAAGAAACAAGAAAAUUUUGGACAACUGGAUGACAAUCCAAGAACUGAUGACCCAUGGGGCCAAGUCUCCUGAUGGCACAAGAGUACACAAUGCGUUUCUGUCAGUCACAACUGUAUGACUGUGUGUGUGCAACUGAUUUUAAGAGGGUACUACCAGUUUGGGUAGAGUAUGAUUGCCUCGUUCAAUGUGGCGUUUUUAUAUCUAUUUUGUGACUCUUUAUAGUUUAAAUUUUUUGUAAGCAAAAAUACCUGGUAAUUUUUUCAUUUGUUUUUCAUAUGCUGGUACCUUCUUUUUGGCUGAGCUCUUUCUUUAACUUGUGAUAUAUUACUCGUUUAUAAAAAAACAAAAAACAAAAAAAACCCUUGAACAAAAUUAUUGAGGAGCCAAUUAAUUUCCUACUUUAAUGUAUCUAUUGUUAAGAUCCGGAUUUAUUUCUCUAGUUUGCUUAUUUUCUACUUUAAUAACAACUCAAUGCCAAAACAUUUCUAUGCUUGCUUCUUGGCAUAAUACGUACUAAAUCAAACCUGUUAAUAAGUCACAUGCCGCAUCUUGUCUUACACAUAGAAACCACCUCUUUUUAACACACCAUUGUACAUUUGACACAUAAUGGCAGUUGUCUUUGUCUCAGUAAAGUGUAGGUAGACAAUCUUCCUGUGAUAUGUAGUGACAUUGGUCAUGUAGCUAGUUAACUGUGGUAACUGUGAUGAUAAAAGAGAAAUAAAUUAUUGAUUAUCCUUAAGAAGUUAUCAAGGAGUGUUUUCAUUGUCCACUGUGGUUAACAGAUAUAAAUUAGUUACAUACGUAUAAUAUUUUCAAGAUUCUUAAUUGUGGAUUAUAAAAUGUGCACAUAGUCUACUCCUCUUUUUCUAUAAAUUUUUUCUUGCAAUACUUCUUGUAGAUCAUUGCAUCAUAUAUUCCUACCAGGAUUAAAUUCAAUAAGAUAUGUAGAGCAUCCAACAGAGUGCUAUAUGGUCCAUAAGUUCAAACUAAACAUUCAAUAAACAUCAGUUCAUGUUCCCCUUGCCGGUCACCACAUAAAGCAAAGCAAAGAAAAAUUUAGGGAAAGGCAAGAAGAGCGACAAUGAGGUGUCCCAGAUUUGAAGAUUAUUUAUGACAUGUGACACUAUGUGCAUUUGUUUAGAUGACCAUUUCGGGAUAAAUUUUUGCAGAACUAUUUUGCAAUAAUUUUCAGCACAGCCAGUUAAUUUAAUGUCUUAUAUGUCGGUUUAUUUUAAAAAAAGGUGAGGUUGCUGGAUGUCAGAUUGAUUUUUAAAAUCUAGUUUUUCAUCAUAAUAAACGUAUGACCAUAGCAUAUAUCAAUCAUGAUGCCCUCCCAAGUGAGAGCUUUCAGUCUCUUAGGCCACAUCAACCAUGUGCAUGCAGACAUGGGUUUGAUCAAAUUUCCAUUCAACCUAACAGGUUGUUUUAACAUAACAGAGACGCAACAUUUCACUAUUUCUGAAGCUCUCUUCCUAUUUAAAAACAUAAUGGCUCCUUAUUAGCUCUUGAAUCAGACUCGGACACCUCAGCCUUGCUCAGCCCUCCACUAACUUGCCUGCCUUGCCUAUUGCAUCUCUUCUUUAGAUCUUCUUUGAGUUAAGCCUGUCUCCUUAAUCACCUGUUCAUUUUCCCUGAAACUUUAUUCUGUACUAUUCUCCAGUCUGAGGUUUCUGUGCCAAGCCCUAAAAACCAGUUGCCAUAGAAUUGAUUCCAACUUAAGGCAACCCCAUGUGCAUCGGAGUAGAACUGUGUUCUGCAGAGUUUUCAAUGGCUGAUCCCUGAGAAGUAGAUCACCAAGCCUUUCUUCAGAGGCACCUCGAGUAGUCAAGUGUGUUAACCAUUUGUACCACCCAGGGACUCCUGUGACAAACUCUGUA